ACCGACCGCCGCGCAGCUCCGGCCGCCGCGCGCAGACACCGGGCCCGGCUCCCGAGGGCGCCAGCGCGGCCCCGGGGAGUGCGAGGAGCCGGAGGGCGCGCGGCCUGCCGUUGGCCGCCUAGUCCGCCACCCUCGGCACCCACCCGCCCCAGACGCGGGGUCCAAGCCCCCGGGAAGAUGGUGUCCUGGAUCAUCUCCAGAGCCGUGGUGUUGGUGUUUGGAAUGCUUUAUCCUGCAUAUUAUUCAUACAAAGCUGUGAAAACGAAAAACGUGAAGGAAUAUGUUCGAUGGAUGAUGUACUGGAUCGUCUUUGCCCUGUAUACUGUAAUUGAAGCAGUGGCAGACCAAACAGUUGCUUGGUUCCCCCUCUACUAUGAGCUUAAGAUUGCUUUUGUCAUAUGGCUACUCUCUCCUUAUACCAGAGGAGCAAGUUUAAUAUACAGAAAAUUCCUUCAUCCACUACUUUCUUCAAAGGAAAGGGAAAUUGAUGAUUAUAUUGUCCAAGCAAAAGAACGAGGCUAUGAAACUAUGGUAAACUUUGGACGGCAAGGUUUAAAUUUAGCAGCUACUGCUGCCGUCACUGCAGCAGUGAAGAGCCAAGGAGCAAUAACUGAACGUUUGCGAAGUUUCAGUAUGCAUGACCUAACAGCCAUUCAAGGUGAUGAGCCUGUGGGACAAAGACCGUACCAACCUCUCCCAGAAACAAAAAAGAAAAGUAAACCAGGCUCCGGUGAAGCAGCAGGUUACGGAAUUCCACUGAGAGAUGGGGAUGAGAAAACAGACGAAGAAGCAGAAGGGCCAUAUUCAGAUGACGAGAUGUUAACACACAAAGGGCUACGAAGAUCACAAAGCAUGAAAUCUGUGAAAACCGUGAAAGGCCGAAAAGAGGUGCGGUAUGGGUCACUAAAAUACAAAGUAAAGAAGAGACCACAAGUGUAUUUUUAGCCAUGUGCACAUCAAGUAUCCCACGUCAAAUUAUGCUAAUACAUCAACUUGUUUUUCUAACAUCAUAUAUUCAGGAUUUAUCCAUUAAAACCAUUCUUUAAAUUAUGGUGGUGAUAGGGUUUACUUUCGUCAAUUUAAAUAGUUUUUCUUUAACAACUACUUCCAAAUCUUGACUACUAAAGGUAGUUAUGCAAAAGUAGAUAGAUAGAUAGACCAGAAAUAAAAGAAAAUUGUGUUAUCUGUUGUCAGAUUCUUCAAAACAUUAAGUGCCUGGGAUAUAAGGUGAAACACAGAUUCACAGUAUACAUGAAAGAUGGUUCAAGCGACAUCAGCCUUUGUGAUCUUGUAUUGUGUUUACCUCCAUUUCUGUUGAAACUAUCACAUGAGGAUAGUAUUUAAUAGGCCUCUGAUCCAGCAGUGAUAGAACAAGGGUAUAAUAUAAGAUAAAAUAUGUUUUAUAUACUCAAAUUUUUACUUUGUUAAUACUUCUAGUUUUUCCACCAUCAACUGAAAGUUUUCAAGACAACUAUUUGAAAACCAGGUGUCUAUAUAGCACUUUCAUUCCUGACUAGUUUUGCACACUUGAGAAUUGUUUACUUAUUUUACAGCUAUACAUUUAAGUUUUAUUAACACUGUCUUGACUGUCUUGACUGUCAUUUGUCGUAUUCUGACUUGUCAAAUUUAUGCCUUGAAUUAUAUCAUCUCUUUUCCUGUGGGUUUUAUUAGUUAUAUUCAUUUAAUUUUAAUAAUAAAAAAUAGAGCUCAGUGUUCAUUUUCAACUAUUUCUACAUAUCUUUCAUACAGAUGAGUUCUUUAAAAUUUACCAGCUUCCCAUAUUUAGUUCUACAUUGUAGCUGAACUUAGCAUGUUUUUGUUAACAGUGGUUUCAUUUUCAGCUUUUAAAAAUGGUAACUUUUGUGAAAUGGAAUCAGAGACCAGUAUAGCAGGUAGAUAUCUUCUAAUUCAUGAAAUUAACCAACAGCCAGUCUAUUCACAAGCUUGGCACUGCCACAGGCUGCUGAUUUAUAAAUCUGGCAUUGACUCUACCCAUUUGAAUCAUUUCACUUCUGGCUGAGAUAAUUUCCUGAAGAUCCAUGCCAGUGCAAAAUACAAAUGUUGUUAAUCUUACAUAUUAGAAUUUAUUAGAAUAGAUUUUAGAAAAAUACCAUGUUUUUAAUCCAAGAGAUUUUCAGUUACCAAACUUUGAAGCUUUUUAGGCAUAGAUAACUAUGCAUUAUGAACCCCAAGUCAGUAUAUUUCUGAUGAUGAUUUUAGUAACCAGUAAUCAAAAUUGUAUCAUUAUACAAUUCUGUAUGAAUAUACUCUUUCAUAUAAUUUACUUGAUUAUUCUGUUUACCCAAAA